UCUGCUAUCAGCAUUGACUGGAAGGAAUCCCAGAGCCGUUUACGUCUCGAACACCUACAAAUAGAAGCUACAUUACAAAGACUUCAGUCAAAUCGACAAAUUUUGUGGAUAAAAAACAAAAAUGUCCAGUUUUCCACACAUUUCGACCGCACAUUGCUCUUGUCGAAAGGAUAUACGCUUUUAGCGAACAGAGCCCAUCACGCGAAUAUUCACGAGAAUAUACAUGCGCAUUUUUAUCCGUGUAUUGCUGGCCCAAUCACACAAAUUUCGUGGCGCUUCAAAACGCCAGCUGUGUAGAAAUCGAUAUCAAAGGCCGUCCGAUCUGGCAGAUUGCGUGGCAAUGCAGUAGCCUCACAUCGAAAUCUUCAAGGAAAUUGACAGAAAGUUCAAGAAAAUUGAGGAGAGCACGAAGCAUUUAGAGCAGUACAGCGGCGGCCUUUGGAGCACGGUUUAUGGGAAUGAUACGCAGGAAGUGAAGAAAAUGGCGAGAAUGGCUACAGAUUGUCCUCCUUCAACUUCAGAAAAGGCUUUUUCCUUCAUUUCCAAAGGGUGGAAGGAUGUCCGUGAAGGGGCAAAUGCAGACCUUAAAUUAAUGCGAGCAAGAGCGAACAAAAUCAAAGAACCGCUGAAAGGCUUGGCCAGCUCCUUCGACAGAGAGUGGGAAAACCUAAUGAAUACAAGCAGCACCAAUAUGCGUUUUAAUAAUAACAACAGUGGGAGUAACGUUUCUCUGCAGGAUUUGGAAUUUUUCAAGAAGCUGAAGCCCAAGUUCACGGAGCUGCGCCGCGUGUAUUCCAGCCCGGAUUUCACUGCGCAAUAUUAUGGUGAAAUUUUGAGCAAAUGGGGUCCGUCUUCGAGUAUUGAUUUGUCUGCGAUCAAGAGGGCGUUUGGGGCUGAGCAGGUGGUUGACGACGAUGGGUUUUAUUUGGAAAAUGGUUCUAAAGAAAGGAGGAUUGUUAAUGGCGGGAUGAAGAAUAACGUCAGGAGGAGAGUUAUUACAAGGGUUUCAGAGGUGCCUGCUCCCAGAUGGAAGAGCGAGGAGGUUCUUUCUCUCAAGGAGUGGGAGCCUUUUAGGGUUUUUAAAGACGGCCUCAAGGAUCUCGAUAAGAGAGCUGAUUAUGGCAAGUCGGCUUCCGAAUUCAUCGAAAACGUGAAGAAGAACUUGAAAAUUACUCCGAUGGACUCCCAAGAUGCAAAGGAUGUGCCACCAUUGGAUGUUCCAGAGCUUUUGGCGAGUCUUGUUAAGCAAUCUGAGCCAUUACUAGAUCAACUUGGUGUAAAAAAAGAUAUAUGUGAGAAAGCUGUGGAUAUGCUAUGCAACUAUAGGAGGAAGGAUCAGCUUGACAUAAACUCUGGUUUAUCAAAAGAUUCCAUGAUAGCCACUAGGGAGAGCAAUUCAAGCACUGAUGAGCUCGAUAAUAGGAUAGCCAGUGUGUUACAAAGCACAGGGUAUCGCUAUCAGGCAGGCCCAUGGAAUGAUAGCGUGGAACAUAAUCUGGAAGAAGGAAAGCGCAAUGUAGCAAUAAUUACAACUGCAAGUUUACCUUGGAUGACUGGCACAGCUAUUAAUCCUCUUUUCCGUGCUGCAUAUUUGGCUAAAAAUGCAAAACAGAAUGUUACCUUGCUUGUCCCUUGGCUUUGCAAAGAAGAUCAGGAACUAGUAUACCCAAACAAAUUGACUUUUGACUCACCAGAGGAACAGGAAGCUUAUGUUCGGAAUUGGUUGGAAUCAAGAACUGGAUUCAAAUCAGAUUUUAAGAUAGCUUUUUAUCCUGGAAAGUUUUCUAGGCAGAGACGGAGUAUAAUAGCUGUUGGUGAUACUUCACAAUUUAUUCCAGAUAAGGAAGCUGAUAUUGCAGUGUUGGAGGAACCUGAACACUUGAACUGGUAUUAUCAUGGAAAACGGUGGACAGAUAAGUUUAGCCAUGUAGUUGGUGUGGUGCACACAAACUAUUUAGAGUAUAUCAAAAGGGAGAAAAAUGGAGCUUUACAGGCAUUCUUUGUAAAACAUAUCAACAACUGGAUUUCCCGUGCAUAUUGUCAUAAGAUUUUACGCUUGUCAGCUUCUACACAAGAUCUUCCAAAAUCUAUAGUUUGCAAUGUACAUGGUGUUUGUCCAAAAUUCCUAGAAGUUGGCAGAAAGGUGGCUAUGGAUAGGGAGGUUGGGGAGCAAUCAUUUUCCAAAGGGGCAUAUUUUUUAGGGAAGAUGGUUUGGGGAAAAGGCUAUAGAGAGCUGGUGGAUCUGCUUGUAAAACAUAAAGAUGAACUAAAUGGGUUCAACAUUGAUGUUUUUGGAAAUGGAGAAGAUUCUUUGGAGGUUCAAUCAGCAGCAAAGAAGCUGGCAUUGAAUAUGAAAUUUCAUCAAGGGAGAGAUCAUGCAGAUGAAUUAAUCCAUGGCUACAAAGUAUUUAUUAAUCCUAGUAUCAGUGAUGUCCUUUGCACAGCAACCGCAGAGGCUCUGGCAAUGGGGAAAAUUGUUAUUUGUGCAGAUCACCCAUCCAAUGAAUUUUUUGGGUCAUUUCCUAACUGCCUGAUGUAUAAAACUUCUGAAGAGUUUGUUAAUAAGGUCAAAGAAGCAUUAGCAGCUGAACCUGUACCUCUUUCUGCUGAACAACAAUAUCAACUAUCAUGGGAUGCUGCCACAGAAAGGUUUAUUGCAAAUGCUGAUCUGUACAAAGUUCCAAAUAAUAGAGAUAAUGUUAUAGGGUCCAGAGGAUUGCACCAAAAACUUAGACAGUCAGUUUCCAUGCCAAAUCUUAAUGCUUUGGUUGAUAAUGGUCUUGCCCUUGCUCACUUUUGUUUAACGGGGAAUGAGGCACUGAGAUUAGCUACUGGAGCCAUACCAGGUACACAACAUUAUGAUGAGCAACAUUGCAGGGAUCUAAAUCUUUUGCCCCCUUCCGUCCAGCAGCCUGUUUAUUUGUGGUAGGGAAGUGGGCUGUAAGAUUAUUUGUGUGUAUCAAUUCUACAAUCAACUAUACUUGCCCCAGUAACCUCAUUCCUGUUGUAGUAGUUUUAUGGAUGAUGAUGGAAGUAAAGGAUUUAAUUUUUCAGUGAGAAAGCAAUUGGUAGUCUGGUCUCGUUUUUAAUCUCGUGUUUGUUAAUUUGGUAGUAAAAUUUAAAAUUUUGGAUGUGCUUGCUUCUUAAGGCAAUGUGGGAUUGUCCAUAGUUAGGUCCUAGCAUCAGUGAUGUGUACUUUGCACAGCAAGGACAGACUCUAUCAAUGGGGAAAAAUUGUACUUUGUGCAGUUCACCCAAAAGUUUCAAGACUUAUAUAACAAGGCCAAAGAAGCACGAGCAGCUGAACCUGUGCAUUUCCCUGCUGAACAACAAUAUUGUCUCUUCUGGGAAGCUACAAUAGGUAGGGUAUUGCCAAUACCGAUCUGUACAAAUUGCAAAUAGUAGAGACUAGAGACAAUGUUAUGGCACAAUCCUCUAUAUCUUGCUCUUGCUCACAAUUGUCAAACCGGGAAUGAGGCACUAUCUAAUGGAGCCAUACCAAGCACACGGCAUUUUGAUGAAAAAUGAUAUAAGGAACUAAAUCUUUUGGUCCCUGCUGUCCAGUGCCCUGUCUGUGCUUGGCAGGAGCGUUGGUUGUAUAAUUAUUUAUAUUAUUUUGAUUAAAAUAUGCUUAUCAAUAUGAGCUCUUUGCUGUAAAGUAAUUUGAGGGAUAACAAUGGAAGUGAAAGAUGUUGAUAAAUAGAUAGUAUUAAUGAGAAAGCAGUGUUAAUUGGA